UGCUGUGUGUGAAAGUGUGGUUUGUGAGGACCUCGGAGACUGCAAAGACACCGUGACCCCGGAGGGCGAGUGUUGCCCCGUGUGCUUAACUGCAGAUGCAGCAUCAGCUCCCAGUGCGGACCCCACAGCAGCUGCAGAUGAGAAGAAAGGCGACAGCUGCACAGUUGACGACGAGGUCUACAAGCACAACGACAUCUGGAAACCAGAGCCGUGUCGCGUGUGUGUUUGUGACAACGGCGUGGCAAUCUGCGACGAGGUUCAGUGUGAGCUGGUGCCAAACUGCGAGAAGGUCAUAACUCGUGAGGGGGAGUGCUGCCCCGUCUGUGAAACGUUCGCCAGCGCCAGCAGGCAGAUAGAAAUUUUGGGCUUCAAAGGACAGAAAGGCGAACCAGGAGAUAUCCCAUACGUGGUGGGGCUUCCCCGACCUACAGGACCCCAGGGUCCUCCAGGAGCUCAGGGACACACUGGACCGAGAGGCUUUAAAGGCAGAAAGGGAUUCGUGGGGCCUCCAGGAUUUGACGGAGAGCCCGGGGUGCCAGGAAAUCCAGGACAGGCAGGAGCCCCAGGCCACCCCGCCCACCCUGGGGGCAACCUGGUGUCACAGAUGGCUGCAGGUUUCGGUGAGAAGUCCAGUAUGGCUGGGAUGGUGUCAGGAUCAAGGGGUGAAGCAGGACCACGAGGACCUCCAGGGACACCUGGACCACAGGGCCCACCUGGCGGUCAGGGAAUCCCAGGAGAGGGUGGAGAACCAGGACAGAUGGGUGAGCCGGGUCAUCGAGGACCAGAGGGGCCUCCAGGAAAAGCAGGACCUGAUGGAGAACCUGGACCUGCAGGUGCUGCAGGAGAACCAGGAUUUCCAGGAUCUGUGGGUGCGAGAGGAUUCCCAGGACUUCCAGGUCAUCCAGGACUGAAAGGUCACAAGGGGAUGGCCGGUCUUGUUGGGUCAAGAGGCGAGCCCGGAGCGGCUGGAAACAAGGGUAAAUCUGGUACUCCGGGUGCAAUGGGAGCUCCAGGCCCACUGGGGCCUGUGGGCAUGCAGGGAGAGAGAGGCAGAGCCGGACCAUCUGGUCCCGUGGGAAAACGUGGUGGUGCCGGCCACGUGGGCAAACCAGGUCCUCUGGGUCCAAUGGGAAUAACUGGAGUGCCAGGUUUUCCCGGAAACCCAGGAAUGAAGGGUGAAGCAGGACCAACGGGAGUCAGAGGAAGUCCAGGACAGCAGGGACCCAGAGGGGACGCCGGUCAUGUAGGACCAGCUGGACAGACAGGACAGCAGGGUACUGAAGGGUCUGACGGAGCUCCAGGUGCUCGCGGACAACCAGGUCUAGCAGGUGUCCAGGGUCCAUCAGGGCUGUUGGGCCCAUCCGGUCCCCCCGGCCCCCAGGGAACUACAGGAGCACCAGGACCAAAGGGCCAACUGGGUGAAGUUGGAGUUCCUGGAUUCAAAGGAGAAGCUGGAGCCAAGGGAGAGCGAGGAGACCAUGGUAUUCCAGGUCCACUGGGCCCGAUGGGAGAGGAAGGAAAGCGCGGACCCCGAGGAGAUGCUGGAUCCAUCGGGCCUCCAGGACCUCCAGGAGAGUCAGGCGCUCCAGGAAAUAGAGGUUUCCCAGGUGCUGAUGGUCUGCCAGGUCCAAAGGGAGCCCAGGGUGAAAGAGGAGUGCCUGGAUUAUCUGGCGCCAAAGGUUUAGACGGAGAUGUUGGACGUAACGGAGAGCCAGGUUUAACAGGAGCUCGGGGUCUGACAGGACUUAUCGGUGCUCAGGGAUCAGAGGGAAAACAAGGACCAAUGGGCUCAGCAGGAGAUGAUGGCAAACCUGGCCCCGCGGGUCCUACUGGAGGUAGAGGUGCAGUCGGACAGAUGGGUCUGCCGGGACCAAAGGGCUUUGCUGGUGAUGCUGGGAAGAUUGGAGAGGCUGGCAGUCCUGGACCUCCAGGUCAGAGGGGUGUGCAUGGAAAAGACGGAGAGGAAGGCGCUGCUGGUCCAGCCGGCCCCGCUGGUCCGGCAGGAAAGAGAGGAGAGCAGGGACCACAGGGACUGCAUGGUUUCCAGGGUUUGCCUGGACUUCCAGGUCCACCCGGAGAGUCAGGAAAACCAGGCAAUGAGGGUCUUGCAGGAGAGGCUGGUGCUAACGGAGGUACAGGUCCAAGGGGAGAAAGAGGACCUCCUGGGGAGAGAGGUGAAAUUGGACCCAAUGGGCUGCAGGGACCUAAAGGUAGUCCAGGUGGACCAGGACCAGAUGGGCCAAAGGGUAGCAUUGGUCCUAAGGGCGCUCUUGGAGAGGCAGGUGGUCCAGGACUUCAGGGUAUGCCAGGAGAGAGAGGCAUAUCUGGACCCUCAGGCCCAAAGGGAGAUGCAGGCUCGGUCGGAGAGAGCGGAGCUGAGGGUAAAGCUGGAGCUGAUGGUGCACGGGGGCUUCCUGGUCCUGUUGGACCUGUCGGUUCCAGUGGACCCAAUGGAGAGAAGGGUGAACCCGGCCCACCAGGACCUACAGGACGCCGAGGCACCAGAGGAGUCCCUGGUUCGACUGGUGACCCUGGUCCAAUUGGUGCUGCUGGCUUCCCUGGACCUGUUGGUCCUGAUGGUCAGCCCGGUACUAAAGGUGAAACAGGUGAGCCAGGUCUGAAGGGAGAGGGAGGAGCACCUGGACCACAGGGCAUGGCUGGGAAACCAGGAGGACAGGGACCUCUUGGUGUGACUGGACUGAAAGGUGGCAGAGGAACGCAGGGUGCAACAGGCUCUCCUGGUUUCCCUGGGUUACCCGGAGGAGUCGGACCACCCGGCCCUCUUGGUGCUGUUGGAGCCGAUGGGCCUAUUGGUCCUCCAGGAAAGUCUGGAACUCCUGGAAUUGUUGGAGAGAACGGAUCUCAAGGACGUCAAGGAGAGAGAGGACCUGCAGGCGCACCAGGCAGCCCCGGAGAGAAGGGAGACUCUGGAGAGGACGGUCCUCCGGGGCCUGAUGGGCCUCCAGGACCUGCUGGAACCGCAGGACAGCGAGGUAUUGUGGGUAUACCUGGUCUGAGAGGGGAGGGCGGCCUGAUGGGACUGCCCGGACCUGCUGGUCCACCUGGAAAAGCCGGAGCUCCUGGAGUUCAGGGAGGCAAAGGGCCUGAUGGUGGAGUUGGAUUACCAGGGGCCACCGGGCCAAGAGGUGACGCCGGCCCCGAGGGCAUUGCUGGAGCAGAGGGGCCUCCUGGGACGGACGGUCUUGUAGGAGAAAGGGGAGACAAAGGUAAUUCUGGUCCAGAGGGUCUGGCUGGAACUCCAGGGUCUCCAGGAAGUGAGGGUCCUGUGGGACUGACGGGCGACCCGGGACAAAGAGGCGAAAACGGUGCCAGAGGCACUCCUGGACCCCAAGGAGCACCUGGUGUACGAGGGAAAGUGGGACCACAAGGACCACAGGGAGAGAAAGGAGCGUCUGGAGAACAAGGAGAGAGGGGUCAGAAAGGACACAGAGGUUUCACCGGCCUCCACGGUCUGCCAGGAACAACUGGCGCCACAGGUGAGCCAGGAGAUACAGGUAUUGUUGGACCAGCUGGGCCGAGGGGUCCUCCAGGAGUGGUAGGACCCCCUGGAAAGGAAGGAAACAUCGGUCAGCCUGGAGCCAUGGGCGCUCCUGGAAGCAGAGGUACCAUCGGUGACAUCGGGCCGCAGGGUCCACCUGGUGAUGACGGACCACCUGGCCCUCCAGGCCCACCCGGACCCCCCACCGCAGCUGUGGAAGACCUGUUUGCCGGCUCUUAUGAUUACGACGUGAAGGGCGUUGUGCCAGAAGCUGUGGACUUUGUCGAGGACGAUGUGGCCGCUGAUCCUCCUGCACUUCCAGAGAUCAACAAAGAUGAGGCCCUUCCCAACAAGAACUCUGCCGUCCUGCGUGCAAACACCGGAGUCCACGCCACUCUGAAGACCCUCAGCGGACAUCUGCAAAACCUCCGCAGUCCCGAUGGCAGCCAGAUGAACCCCGCGAAAAGCUGCCAGGACAUCAAACAGUGUUACCCUCAGAAAAAGAGCGGUGAGUACUGGAUCGAUCCAAACCAGGGAAGCAUAAAGGAUGCCAUCAGAGUCUUCUGUAAUAUGGAAACUGGUGAGACCUGCAUCAAUGCCAAUCCAGCCAACAUUCCCCGCAAAGCCUGGUGGACGAAAUCCAGCCCCAACGCCAACAAACUCAUCUGGUUUGGAGCAGACAUAAACGAUGGAUCCAAAUUCCGCUACGGAAAUACCGAUGAGCAGCCCAACGCGGUGGCGGUUCAGGUGAAGCUGCUGCAGCUUUUGUCCAAAGAGGCGCACCAGAGCAUCACCUACCACUGCAGGAACAGCGUGGCUUAUAAAAACGAAAAGAGCACCAACCUGAAGAAAGCUCUGGUCCUUAAAGGCUCCAACGGCCAGGAGCUGAGAGCUCUCGGCGUCAACCGCCUCCGAUACACCGUCAUCGAGGACGGCUGCACGAAAUCAAACGGAGAGUGGGGCAAGACAGUGAUUGAGUACAGGACGCAAACGUCUGCCAGGCUGCCCGUCGUGGACGUGGCCCCCAUGGACAUUGGAAAGCCUGAUCAGGAGUUCGGCCUGGAUAUCGGCCCCGUGUGCUUCUCAUAAAACAACAGGAUGGACAGAAAUAGCCCUUUUCAGAGGAGUAACAUCAACACCAGAAAUUAUAGGUAUGGACUCCUCUUUCUGUGAGCGUACGAUGAAUUCUUCCACACAUGGCUGCAUUUCCCAAAAGUACAGUGUACUUGCUGUGUGGACGCUGACAUAACUUAUUCAUCUUGUCAAUAAAUAUACAAUCUGGAGCACCAGUACUCUACAGGGAAAUGCAUGUGAGUGGAAUAUAAAGUCUGAGGUGCUAACAUGAAAGUUAAGUAAAACACAAAGAGUUUAGAUGGAUUUUAAACUUGCAUAAACUGGAAAACAGCCAAAAAGUCUUUAUUGGAAGCAGAUUGCAAAAGAACUGAAGUGGAUAAUAGUCAUCUGGCUGUUUUCCAGUAAAUGCACAUCCAGAGGCCAGAAUAGGGCAAGAGUUAAUAUAGCAAUGACUGUAGUUCUUAAUUUUAAUGGAAUAAACAAUGAAAAUCAUGCUUGAACCUAAAUUAUUAAGUUCUGCGCAGGAACUCAUUUAUUCUUUCAACAGGACGACCUUUGUAUCUCCUCUUAAAACUUCAACUGUAAAUGCAACAUAUGGCUGUAAAUUGCAAAUUAUUUGUUUGUUGUUGACUAUGGAUGUGGAAUAAAUGUCUUUCUUUGGAGUGA